UCCUGCGGAAAAGUGGGCAUUUUGGGCAUUCAUAGCUUUUAAACAACAAAUAUAUGACUAGUUUUCUAGUCGCCGAAUCUUGCGUUAAAACAACUAAAGUUAGUAAUCAAUAUUAUUUACGCUGCAAUAUUGAACGGUGUUAACGCUUGAAAGCCGGAAGUGUAUCGAUUUUAUCACCCAAGAUGUCUAGUUACAAGCCAAUUGAUGGAUCGAAGGAAGACUUCCGUAAAUAUCUGGAGCGCAAGGGUGUGAUGGACUCCAUUACCAAGGUGCUAAUUAAAUGUAAUGCCGACCGGCCGGAAAAUGCCAUUGAAUACCUACUGGAAAACUUAGGUGAAUCUCAACAGAAAAAGGACACCAUCGAAAGAUUAGAAAAUGAUUUAAGCGAAGCACGCAAUGAAAUCGAAGAACUGAAACGGGAGAUCGAUUCUUUGCGAAUUAACACUGUAAAAUCAGGAUCGAAUACUUGCGAAGAUUCUUCUAAAGAAGCGCAAGAGGAUAGUGGACUUAGCAAUACGAAUGAUGGGUCAGCAGAAGAAAAGGAAGCACCUGCUGGUUCGGACAAAACAGAAACAGCCGGAACAGAAGCUAAUGCAAAGGAUACUGCAACACCGUAAAAAUUAUAUACGUAAACUGCUACUCGCUCGUAAUGGUAGUAUUUACUUGAAGCCCAUAGUAGCUAUUGAUAAUCAUAUCAAAUAUAGAAAAAAUUUAAGCAAACUGGGAUAUAAAAAAACAGAACGAUGUAAUUUAGCAUGCUUAAAUUUGUUUCUUCAUUGUCUAGAUAUGUUAUGAUAAGAUAUGCUAUUUCCAUAAAAUAAUUAUCUUUAGGUCAUCAUGCCAAGGUAGCAUAAAUUACUUUCUUUACGUGGUAAAAUAGAAAUUUAGUAUAACGAGUAUAUUUACUGAAUACAUUCUAUAAGCUAGUCAUUAACAACAAAUUAGGCUGCCAUAAGUUUUAAUUUCAAUUCCUAGGUUCACCAACGUUUUGUUCUGUUGAAGUACCUUAUUAUUUUAGGUCUAGCUUAAAAAACCCUUUUGAAUGUCUAACCUAACCGUGUAUGUUUCGUGUAUCCUUCAGUUAGCACAUUUUGGCAUUAAAUUUUACAUUAUUUAAAUGUCACCCUUUGAUUAUCAAAAAACAACAUGCAAAUAAUUUAGGUCUUUUGUUCCGUUCGGGAUUGUUAACUUUGUAGUUUUUUCAAUUCAAUGUCAUGACGUGAUUAAUUUUUCAAUAAGUUGUUCUAAUCAGUUGAGUAUUGGUAAUGCAGAUUUUACUGUCAUAUGGUUAAAAAUAGAUUUUUUGUUUCAAUUGCCAAACUAAAAUUCGCGACACUGUAAAACCGUCCAAACUCUGUAUCAAAAUUAGAAUGCCAAUAAAGUUAUUAGAUGAAAGAA